GCCUCGUGAUUAAAUACCAUCAGAGUUGAACUGCUUUUUUGUUCAGUCUGUCCCUGAGGGAUUCCCACAUUCCCCUAUUCACCUUUGUAGUAACAUUGAUGAGGGUUAAUUGAUGCAUGUGGACAAGGCACAUUAUUUCACAUGAUGCAGAUUAGUGCGACCUCCUCCCCAAGUACUAGCUGCUGGCUGCCUGGCAGGGAGAGCAGAGUCUGUGCAUUUUAGCCAUGGAGAAAGGUUCUGUUGCUCUGAAUGUAGGAAGAAGGCCCUUUGGAAAGAAGAGAUUGCCCUGCAGAGCUCCGCUGGGUUCAUUCGCCCUGUUCUUGAUUGUUUGCGGCACAGUCUAUCUGGUCAACCAAGUGGCUACUACCCUGGUGGUGAGAGGCACGCAGAGAAUCCGGAGGGAUAUAGAGAAUGAGACUCUCUGUAUAGCAUCACCAUCAUCAGAAUUUCCUGAAGAUUUUUUCACGGAACAGGAGAGGAAGCAAGGAGGCCUUAUCAUUCACUUCCUAGUUAUACUUUACAUGUUCCUAGCGGUGUCCGUUGUAUGCGAAUACUAUUUUAUCCCCUCAUUAGAAGUCAUUAGUGAACGUCUUGGUCUCUCCCAGGAUGUCGCAGGGGCAACAUUUAUGGCAAUUGGAAGUUCAGCUCCAGAAUUUGUCACUGUAUUUCUAGGCGUAUUUGUCACAAAGGGAGAUAUUGGUGUGAGCACUAUUGUUGGAUCAGCUGUCUACAAUCUUCUUGGGAUAUGUGCCGCCUGUUGUUUGCUUUCAUCAUCGAUUUCAAGGCUCACUUGCUGGCCUUUGUUUAGAGAUUGUGUGGCGUAUGCAAUUAGUGUAGCAGCAGUAAUUGCAAUAACAUUUGACAACAGGAUAUACUGGUAUGAAUCUGCAUCUCUGCUUUUGAUAUAUGGCAUAUAUAUUGUUAUAAUGUGCUUCGACAUUAAGAUUAGCAAAUAUGUUGUAAGGAGGUUCAGUCCUUGCUGUGCCUGUUGCGCUGAAGCAAUGGUGGAAAACACAGAGCACGCGCCAUUGCUAGGUUGGAAAGAAGAGAGUUUGCCAGUUAUUCGCCGCCACUCAAGAUCAGACAGUGGGAUUUUUCAGGAAGAUUCUGAUUAUUCUCAACUCUCAAUAAGUCUGAGUGGGCUAAAGGAACCCUCUAAUAACCCGCCAAGUGUCUUCAAGAUGCCAGAAAAUGACCUGAGAAGGAUUAUUUGGGUAUUGUCGCUGCCUAUUAUUACUUUGUUUUAUCUGACUGUGCCAGACUGCAGGAGGAAAACAUGGAAAAAGUGGUUCAUUCUCACCUUUGUCAUGUCAGCCGUUUGGAUUUCUGCAGUGACUUACAUUCUUGUAUGGAUGGUGACGAUUGUUGGUGAAACAUUAAAUAUUCCAGACACAGUGAUGGGACUGACAUUGCUUGCUGCUGGAACAAGUAUCCCAGACACGGUUGCAAGUGUGAUAGUAGCAAGAGAAGGUAAAGGAGACAUGGCCAUGUCCAAUAUUGUGGGUUCCAACGUGUUUGAUAUGCUGUGUUUGGGAGUCCCUUGGUUUAUUAAGACAGUCUUUGUCGACAGAUCAUCCCCCGUGGAGGUUAAUAGCAGCGGCAUCACAUACACCACAAUUUCUCUCCUGUUCUCCAUUAUGUUCAUCUUUGUGGCUAUACAUUUAAAUGGCUGGAAACUUGAUAAGAAGUUAGGAGUUAUUUGCCUAUUUAUGUAUUUAGUAUUUGUUACUUUAUCGAUAUUGUAUGAACUUGGAAUUAUAGGGAACACUCCUAUGGUACUGUGUGGUGACUAAUACCUAAUAAAUAUACCUGUAUCCAA